CUGUCACAUGCUGUUGUUUAGCUGUAGUGUAAUGUAAGUGCAGAUGUAUUUGGGGUGUAAAAAUGUGUUAGUUUUGUACUAAAAAUGUACGAGGAUUUAAAUUAACUCAGAUUGAAUAAGAAACUAAUUUUGUUUCUAUUAAACAUUGUGUUCAUAUUUUGUUGUAAAAAUGUAUCUUACAAUGAGAAUUGUGCACAGUUUUCCUUUUAGAUAUGCUAAACCAGUUCUGGCAAUUGCAAAUAAUGUAAAAAUUUGCAGGGGUUUCCACUGCGAUCCUAAACUAUGUAUUAAAAUGUAUUUAGAACAUGAAAAUCAAUAUGCUUAUAGCAUUAUGGAACGAUAUGGAUAUGCUCAACGUUUGAGCUUGGAUAAUGAAAUUUCUUCUCUAACCUCAAGCCAAUUCGACAAUAUCAUGAUGGAUUGGUCUAGGAAGAAACCUUCUGAUUUAAUAGAUUUUUUUUCAAAGUUAGGUGUAUACUGUAAGAAAAAGAAUUUAUGUAUCUCAAACCAGACAUUUGAUACCUUCAUAGAUAAUCUUACAGAUAGCAUAAAAAAUACAUCAGACCAAGAGCUAGAAUCUUUGUUUUAUGCUGUAACCAAUUGGCCUGAAACUGAAUCAAUCAGAACAAGAAAUUAUAUAGAAGUAUGGGCUGCAUUAGAUGAUGAAUGUAUAAAUAGAUUACAGAAAUGGUCAUUUGAUGAAGUCCUUAAAUAUGUCAGUCUCUUUUUUAUGUUAAAUGUGACAAGAGUAAGUGAAUUUUCACAAAAAGGUGUGCAAAAGUUAGUUACAAAAGCAAAACAAUUAAGUCAUAGUCAGGUAGUGCAGACUAUGUUUUAUACUGGAAUCUUGAGACGAUCACCAUUUGACAUGCAUAACAUGGAACUUGAAUUAGUCAAGAGAUUCAAAGAGUUCACUUUAGAUGAAUUGGCUAUAAUAUCAAUGGGAUUUUUCAAAAGUAAAACUCCUAUCAGAGAUAGUAAAUUGGUGUUUCAAAUUAUAAAUAAGAUUAUAGAAAACUCAAAUGAUGUAAACGAGAUCUCCCUUGCAUCACUUUUAAAAAUUAUUCGUUAUUCACUAAGAAAAAGCAAAGACAGUGAGAUUUACAAAUUAUUAGAUACUUUACAACAUGAAGUCCCACGCUUAUCUGUUAUGUGCAAUGUUCACUUAGCAUUGGUAGGAACAUCCACUCUCACUCUUCAUGAGGAAUGUUUACAUAAAAUUGCCGAGACUGUUGGGAAUCAUAUUGCUGAAACAAGAUUAAAAGAUCUUGAAAGAUUGGUAUUUACUUUUGGCAUUUUUAAUAUAAAACCUGUUACCAAGGAAUGUUUUUUUGACAAAGUAUUGAAUGAAUUAAGGAGACCCGAAAGGCGAAGUGAAAUAGAAAAACACGGCAGAGCAUAUGCUUGUUGUAUUUCAUAUUUAAGUCUUUUAGAAAUAUACCCAGUUGAUUUAAUGAGUGAUGUUUUAAGUAAAAAGUUCUUAGAUAAAGCAUAUGGAAACCAUCAUCUUGCUUAUGGCAGGGAAAUAUUAACUAUACAUACCACAGCUUCAAUAUUCUGUCCUGAAGCUAAAAUGAAUCGUCUCACUGAUAAAUGUGCAAUUUCCUUGGCCAAAAAAUAUACAGAGUAUGUGCCAAGUGAAAAUUUUGUUAAAAAUUACAAUGACUCUCAUAAGUUGUUCUUAGAUGUAAUGAAAGUUUUAAAAGAAGAAAGAGGUGGAGAUGAAUAUGUUAUAGGUGAUCAUGUUUUGCCACAUCAUCAUAAAGGAGAUAUUAUUAUUUGCAAUGAUCAGAAAGGAUCGCCAGUGAAGAUACCAGAAAGUUAUAAGCACACUGUAUUUGGUUUGGUUCGAAAAAUUCCUGACAAUAAACAGUGGAUUGUAUUUAUAAUUCCAGGAAAAAAUGGCUUCAUAUUGAAUUCUGAUGUACCAACAGGAACAUACCAAACAAAAAUUAGGGAGUUGAAAGCAUUGGGAUAUAAUGUAGCAUUGGUGAAUUGGACAUCUUAUGGAUCAUUAGAAACAAAGGAAGAAAAAUUAAAGUUUAUCAAUAAUCUUGUUAGAGAAGCUCGAUAAUAAUAUACCUAACUCUCCCAAUUAGAAA